CUGCUGGCUCAGGGCCAAUAUGACCUGGACCCGCUGCCGCCAUUCCCCGACCACGUCCAGUACCCGCACUACAACGACCAGAUUGACAACCCAGACUACUAUGAUUAUCAAGGUAAGGGCUUGGGGCAGGAGAGGGUGGCGGCGGCCGGCGAGCCCUGGGAGGGGAGGAGGGAACAGACCGGACCCCCGUGCUCCCCCGCUAGCUGAGGUGACUCCCCGGCCCUCGGAGGAGCAAUUCCAGUUCCAGUCCCAGCAGCAAGUCCAGCAGGAAGUCAUCCCAGCCCCCACCCCAGAACCAGGACAUACAGAGACGGAGCCCACAGAGCCUGGGCCUCUUGACUGCCGUGAGGAGCAGUACCCGUGUACCCGCCUGUACUCCAUCCACAAGCCCUGCAAGCAGUGUCUCAACGAGGUCUGCUUCUACAGCCUGCGUCGUGUGUACGUGGUCAACAAGGAGAUCUGUGUCCGCACGGUCUGUGCCCACGAGGAGCUCCUGCGAGCCGACCUGUGUCGCGACAAGUUCUCCAAGUGUGGCGUGAUGGCCAGCAGUGGCCUGUGCCAGUCCGUGGCGGCCUCCUGUGCCAGGAGCUGCGGGGGCUGCUAGGGAGGCUGGCGCCCUGAGCCCGGCCUCCUGGGGUGGGGGCCUCAGGCCCUGCCUGACUGGUGCUUUCUCCCCGUCCCCACCACCCUUUUAUUCUGUCAAGAAGUUAGUGGACUGUAGCCCUGGGGUUGCGGGCUGUGGGCCUCGGGCCCCUCCCCCAGCCUGUGGCCAGCCCUGGGGCGCUGGGGGCUCCCCACUGUCCAGUCUUCGCCCCCUGGUUAGGGGGCACCCCAGGCCUCUCUGCGGGACCUGGGCCCCUCUGAGGACAGUCCUCCUCCCGUCCCCCGAGGUAGGCUAUGCCCCCCACCCCAGCUGGUCUGCUUGGAUUCCCCUACAGCGCCCUGGGCAUGGACCGCCUCUGUUUUAUACAAAAUUAAAACCGGGUUUUUA